UCUAACUGGCAGAAAAAGGGUCUCCUAUAUGGUUACCUUCAAGCAUCGACAAUUUCCCUUCGUGGAGACGACACACCAUCGGGUCUGAUUACCAAUAUGGCUCUGAACCUGGAAAAGCAGCUCCUUUUCUAUGGUGCCUACCAUAACAACCCAGUAAACGUCGCAAUUCAUGUUACAUGUGUGCCGAUACUUCUGUUUACCGGAAUUGCCCUGGCAUCGAAUUCCCCGGCCCUCUUCAACCUUCCUGAUGUCCUUCGUUUCGAGCACCUGCCCCUCAACCUCGGUACUAUUGGAGCGUUAAUCUAUUCAACAUUCUAUAUUCUACUGGAGCCGGUUGCUGGGGCCCUGAUCGCACCGAUUAUCAUUGGUGGCGCGGCGUUCGCAAACCAUCUCCUGACCACCUAUGGCACGGAUAUGAACUACUGGUUUGGUGGAAUUCAUGUUGCGUCCUGGUUGCUCCAGUUUGUCGGCCACGGUGCAUUCGAACGUAGGGCACCGGCUUUGCUGGACAACUUGAUCCAGGCUCUCCUUCUUGCUCCGCUUUUCGUUUGGAUAGAAAUCCUCUUUUUCUUCGGCUACCGCCCAGAACUGAAAGCGAGAUACGACCAGAGUGUUCAGAAGGAGAUUGCUGCCUUCAAGGAGAAGAAGAACAAGGGCGGCAAAAUAAACUAG